AUGCGCGGCUUCCCCUUUAAGCACCUGCCCGCGGAGGGAGCUCCCGGAAGUCGCUGCACGCUGCCACGGAGUCAGAUUCCUCCGCCGAGCGCGGCGUCAGGUCCCGCGUCUCGGCCGCCAAUCUACCCUAGGUUUCCUCCCUUCCCCGCCACCCUCCGGCGCCAGGACUCUCGGCUCGCCGCUUCUGCGGCCAAUAAUGCUGGCGACCCUGCCCACGGGCGCUUGCUCGGGCCUUGGCCCGGCCUGGACCGCGGAGGCCAGACGCGCCGCCGCCGUGACCCGCCCCCGAGCGACACGCACUUCCGGCGGCGGCGCGGCGGCACGGGGGGAACUGGGCGGGCGGUGAUGGAGGCCGUUGGCGGUCCUGAUGCAGGACGUCCUGGGCCUGAACCACGCGCUGCGUAA